AUGAAAGUUGCAGUUGCUGGUCCCAAUGGGACACUCGGCCAAGCCGUGAUCUCCAAUCUAAUCAAGUCGAACAUCUCUGUCACAGUCCUUACGCGGGAUGCGAAGAAAACUGCUGGCGUGUUCCCAGCUGUGUCAACUGAGAACAUCGUCGAGACCGACUACUCGUCCGUGGACGCUCUCGCCCCUAAGCUCCAGGGCCAUGACGCGAUCGUUAUCCUCAUCGAGCGCAAUGCGUACACACCGCAGAUCGUCGCUAUAGAUGCCGCCAUUGCUGCAGGGGUGCGCCGUAUCAUUCCCUCCAGCUGGGGUUUAGAUAUGUCCGACCCAUACUUACGCACCAUUCCAACCCUCAAAGAGAAAUUGGACAUGGAGACCUACCUAGCGGAGCGGGCACGCUCUCAUAAAGGUUUCGUGUGGACGGGGAUCUUGACCGGCGUGUUCUGGGAUUGGGCGCUUCCGUUGGGGCUUCUCGUGGAUCCAACCGGGGAGGGUAUGACCUAUAUCAUGGAUGGAGGGGGACAUGUGAUAUGUGGUACGUUGCUCGAUGAUGUUGGAAGGGCGGUGGUCAGCGCAUUGAAAGCACCGGAGGAAGCCGUGGGGAACAAAUUCUUGCAAAUCCGAAGCGUUGUUGCCACGCAGUCGAAGCUGCUUGAGUGGGCAAAGGCGGUGAAACCUGAAGCUCCUUGGAAAUCUAUGAACGUCGAUACAGAAAAGAUGGAGAAGGCAGCCCGGGAGGCUUGGGGCAGAGGCGAGCGUGAUCCUCGAGCGCUGAGGGGCUUCUUAUUGCGUGCGUACGCUUUAGGGGCUUCUGAUUUCAAGCACCUGGAUAACGAGUUGCUUGGUGUUGCUGAUGGUGGUGAGGAACUCGCACGGAAGACACUGGAGCAACUCAUUCGGCCGAAAAGCUAA